AUGACUGAAGCCGCACUAGCGGGACCGACCGUCUCGCUCAUGACUCGAAGAAGAGCGUCGGUACCAGCGAAACCGGCAGAAGCAGUUGCUUCAAGCUCGAACUCGGCGUCGGCGUCCGAGGCAAAACAACGGAGUAAGGGCAGCGGGAACACUGCGAACAGCGAGAAUGUUAGUGAAAGUAGCAAUGCAGCACAUGGUGGCGAGGCAAAAGCAGGAGGCAGCACUCCAGCUAUCCACCAGAAUCAUCCGGAGAGUUUAUGUCGGUAUUCGAACAAGCGCUGCUACAACAAGCGAGCG